GCGUGGCAAGGGCCGGAAGUGCCCCUUCGCCGAAGCCCAUUCGCUCGGCCUGUUGGCAGCUGGCGCGGCCUCCCGCUCGCCCCCCCGGCGUCCCCGCCUCCCCUCACCUCGCGCCUCGCUCGGCUCCCCGCCUCGGCCUUGCUCGCUCCCUCCUCGACCCCGCCGCCGCCAUGUCGCCCGUGCGGGCGGUGCUGGCGCUGCUGGCCGCGCUCUCGGCCCCGGCGGCCGGCUACUUCGUCAGCAUCGACGCGCACGCGGAGGAGUGUUUCCUCGAGCGGGUCCCGUCCGGCACCAAAAUGGGCCUCAUCUUCGAGGUGGCCGAGGGAGGCUUCCUCGACAUCGACGUGGAGAUAACGGGGCCUGACAACAAGAACAUCUACAAAGGAGAUCGAGAGUCUAAUGGGAAAUACACCUUUGCUGCUCACAUGGAUGGAACAUAUAAAUUCUGCUUCAGCAACAGAAUGUCCACCAUGACUCCAAAGAUAGUGAUGUUCACUAUUGACAUUGGUGAAGCUCCAAAGGGGCAAGAUAUGGAGACAGAAGGUGGUGGAGACACCUGGGAUGCUCAUCAGAACAAACUAGAAGAGAUGAUUAACGAAUUAGCAGUAGCUAUGACAGCCGUCAAGCAUGAACAGGAGUACAUGGAAGUCCGCGAAAGGAUACACAGAGCAAUUAAUGACAACACAAACAGCCGAGUGGUCCUUUGGUCGUUCUUUGAAGCCCUUGUGCUAGUUGCCAUGACACUGGGACAGAUCUAUUAUCUGAAGAGGUUUUUUGAAGUGCGGAGAGUCGUUUAAUCAAAACUACGUUCUUUUUUUCCUUUUUUUUUGGCCCUGUCCAGCGAUCCCAGAUUCUCCAUUCACUGUCUACCAAACAACUUGAUCGCAAAAAUCACCUAGUUUUUCUUUAUCCCUGCCUUCUGAACUAUAAAAACUUGUGUUUUUGAGUUUUUCUUCUUAGAUUAAAAAGGAUGUUUUUAUAUAGAUCUUCUCUCUAGGGAAAUAAAUGCUGAAUCUCUUCAUUGAAAUGGGCAGACAUAUUUCUCACUAGCCAAAGUGAGUUCAACCAAAUUGCGAAUGUUAGUUUUUUUUUAAAAAAACCACAAAACCACUGUUGGUUGUCUUAUAACUCUUGGUUCUUUUGGGGUAAUAAUGCAGUUUUUGUCUAGGGGGAAAUCGCUCUGAAGAUUUUGUCUCUACUUUACACAGGCUGCCAAGAAAGAGAUGGAAAUGUUAUUCCUAUUCUGACAUAUUGAAACCAGCCACUGGUUCUGAUAGAGUACGAGUUAGCUGACUUCUUCCAGUUGUUUUAUUGUAAUUAACAAUGGCUUGUUUCCACAGAUUCUUUUUUUAAUUAAAGAGAUGAACAUGAGAUGGACACGCAGUACUGUUCCUUGCCAGUUAACCGUACAGUCUUAGUGUGAAAAUGUGUGAAAAGGCAGCCAUCGGUGGGAACUUAGCAAAAUGUAAUACGUUUCCCCCUGUUGCUUACAGAUCCAAAGCUGCUCCUGUGUUUAGCACUAUUCUAGAACUAGUGUUCAGGAUGCCAGUUCCUGAUGCCAAAGGGUUACUUAAUUUGUGGGAAGGUAGGGAAAGGGAGGGUAUUCCUAUGCUAUGCAGCCCAUAUAUUGUCAUAAUAAAGUUAGGAUUGCAACCGCCUUUCCUGUGAGAGAGGCUGCUGUGCCUUUAAAUGGCAGGGAAAAAUGAAACGAGGCUUUUGUGCAUUUAAUAGUGGCACAGCAGAGACAUUCAACAGGUGCAGCUUCCCCUGUUAACAGCAGCUCCACAAUGAGAAAUGGCACCCAUUGAAUUUCUGCCUGACAGGCUGCUGUUAACAGUGCAGGAGCCUCUGUUAAGGAAUUGGCAAUCCCCCUUAGGCUUUCUUGAAAUGCCAGUAUAUUUUGUGCUUGUUUCUCUCUUCAGACACACGUUGACUUUAGUUUUUGUAUAAACUAUUUUUCUUCUUGCUAUCUUGAUGGGUUUAAAAAAUCACAGCGUCUGUCCCCGGCAGCAGGUGCUGAUCCAAGAUUAUGUUGUGGCUAAUGUAUAUUGGACUGAUGUAUAUUGGUUGUAAUUUUGGGAGCGGGUUCUUUUCACGAGUCGGGUUGGGAGGGGGAGCAUUCUAUCAGUAACACACAAAGAGUUUUGUACCAAAUUUAAUUUAAUUAAAAUUUGUUACAAGUUUUCAUGGUUCAAGUAAUCUUUUUCAGCCUUAGGUGGAUACUUUAAACAGCAGUUAUUCAAACAGGUGGUUCUUCCCACUUCAGUGCAACUGUUGUACGCCAAUUCUGUGUGUGUGAGAUACUCUGGAUUCGAAUUAGAAGAUGUACAUUUAAAAAUGCUUACAAAUUGAAUAUGGCCGGAUUCGAUAAAUAAACAUCUUUUAAAGAGA